UUAAUGGAAUUCACUCUGUAUUUCUAUACCUUCCUCUAGUCUACACUAACCAUGUCAUAUAGUUCUUUUUCCAACACAACACCUGAUGUGGCACCUUUACUAGAUGCUUAGAAUUUCUAUUCUGUUUUCAGGUAGACUGUUACUACAUAAGGGAGAGAACUUAAGGAUUUAAUUGGACAUCUUUGGGAGAGUUGCUUCAUUACACUGGGUCUCCCUUUAUCUUUAGGAUACAUGUUUGUAUUUUAGGAUUAUGUUGGGACUGGUGUUUCUGACCAUAGGCUCAGGUCAGUUUGAAGCCCCUAACCAUCUUCUUUCGUGCAUAUCUCUUGCAAUUUUGGUGUUUCUUCAUAUGCCACAAAGGUGAUCCAAGUAUGACAAGUCAUGGGCUGGAAUGUCAUACUUUUUUCUUUAAUCACAGUUAAUAUGUCUUAGUAUUUUAUAUUUCCAAGCUAAAGAUGAUGGCAUCAUUUUUGUAUAGAUUCACCCUUUCUUUUGUGAUGGCUUCUAUACUAUUGAGAUGAAAUAUCAGGAGUCAGGUAGCUAAGUGACCAAAAUUGUCUUCUGCUAACCUAGUGCUCAUUUCUAUUGGUAUUUGAUCACUUACAAAUAUUUGUGUAUACACAUAUGUAAAGGAGUUGGUUUUAUGUCUAUUCAUACACAAAUAGACCUUAAUACACUCACAAACCAAUUUCUUUUGCCUACAAAUAGAGGCAGGUAUCUAGAAACAGCUGUUUUAUUUAUUCUACAAAUAGUUAACUAUAUUGCUAACAAUGGUUGCAAAGAAGAUUCUGUGGCCAUCUGUCAAGUUUUCUAAUGUUUCUCACCCUCCUGCAGGUUCAUUAAGAUGGACAACAGGGAACUGCCCACACUGUUGGAUCUUUCUAUACAGCAUCUACUGAAUAAUGAGCCUGCAGCAAUUCACGCUCUCGAGGUGAUACCAAGGGAGCUUUUUGUUCCAUUGUUCUCUGCUGCCUUCAAGGGUGGGCAUAAGAAUAUAGUGAAAGCAAUGGUGAAGGUUUGGCCUUUUAUGUGUCUCCACAUUGGAUCAUUAAGGACACGGGAGUCCCAGCGAGAACUCCUGAAAGCCAUGGUUGAGAGUCUUCAGUUCCUACCUGUCCAGAAUUCAGCUUCUAGGAGCCCUAAACUGAGGAUCCUAGAUUUAAGGCAGGAUGUUGGCUGCAAGAUCAUCUGUCCAGAGAGCAGUACUAAGUCACCUGCCUGUUUUCACUGCUGUGCUUACUCUAAGCACUCUAUCUUGAAAAUCGAAGGCCAGUGUAGUAUGGCAAGUUCAGAACCUGAGGCUCAGUCCUCCAGGCAGGCUAUGGAAUUGUUAGUGAACCUUUCCCUUGAUAGAACCUUAAGGGAAACUGAAUUUUUAGUUCUGCUUCUGAAUAAAGUAGAGCAGAGCUCAGGCUCUUUGCACCUGUGCUGCCGAGAUUUGCAAAUAGACAAAGUGUGUGACUGUAGAAACACCCUACGUCAUCUGGAUCUGAAAUGUAUUGAUCACCUCGCAGUUGAUCAGGCUUCUCUGAGUGAGGUCACCACCCUUCUGGCUCAGGUGGUGCACCUGGACAGACUUUGUCUGUGUAAAAUCACUUGUAGAUCUUUGAAUGGGGAAGCCUUUCGAAAUUUUAUCUCUGAGCUUGGGCGUAUGGACCAUCUCAACGAGCUCAACUUGUCCUCUUUCUGCCUCACAGAUCAUCUUGAAAAUGUCCUGAGAGUCCUACCAGCUAGUUUGGAAUUCUUACAUCUACCAUUCUGUGGACUUUCUUACAACGACUUCAAGUUUCUGUCUGAGUGCCCUCAAGCCAACCACUUAAAGCUCCUGAAUAUCAGCAACAACCCAAUGAACUGGGAAGAUAGUGAGCCCCUUUAUAACCUCCUGCAGAAUAACUCUAGCACCUUGCAACAUCUGGCAAUCAAUCAUUGCCUUUUAACAGACUCUAAAAUGUCUGUUCUCAUCUCCGCACUAAGUCGCUGUUCUCAACUCCGAAUCCUCAACUUUUCCUCCAAUCCAAUUACCAUGACUAUGCUAAUGAGAAUUCUUGAGCACUUAACAUCCUUGGUGAAGCUUAAAUAUGUGUUUUGUCCUAUCCCUGUGCAUUGCUAUGGGAGAUGGCACUUUCAGACAGUUUAGAUCGACAGAAGCUUGCUGAUGUGCAGGCACGAUUGAAAAGAAUGCUACAAGAGGCAAAAAGGAAUGACAUGCGUUGGAUGACUUUCUCUGAU